AUGCGCAAGCUGCAGGAGCACGGCAUUUCGGCAGGGGCGGUGAUGACUCAAGCCGAUGCGUUCGACGAUCCGCACAUCCAGUCGCGUGAGUUCUUUCAUGAAGCGUCCCAGGAGGACUGCGGGACCCACCUAUAUCCCGGCCCGUUGUACCGAAUGUCAGAAACGCCGCUGGGCAUCCGUCGGGGUCCGGUGAUGUUCGGGCAGGACAACGAGUACGUCUACCGGGAACUGCUGGGUUAUUCCGAGGCAGAGUACGCGGAGUUUGAAGCAGCGGGCCACAUCGGAACGGACUACGCGCCCGGAGUCGGUUGA